AUGGCUGGCCAUCCUUACCAUCAGUUUGACGUGUCUUAUGCACGAACCACUGAAAUGGGUCGUGCUACCUAUUUGCAUCAUAUUCAGACCAACGAAAACAAGGAAGCUGCCUCGAUCUUGUAUCAAUUCAGUACUGAUCAUGGCCCCCAUCCUGAGCAUAGUCAGAUCAAGCUACCACCCCUCAAGAUUAACAGCCAGGAGCUCAUGAGCAACAUGACUGAAAACUUGCGUCGUGAUGGAUUCACUACCCACGACCCAGCUCCUGGUCAUUCUGUCAAUGCUGCUGGUCAUAUAGAUUCUCUGCGGCUUCCUCCUCUGCAGCCGCAUGUGAAUUUGCCUCCAAUUAGCUCUUUGCAUCACGCUCUGCCUUCGCCGUGUUCUCUGCAUUCGUCACCUGUGAAGGCUGACUUUCAACCUACUCCUUCUUUUCAACCGCCCCAGCCCGUGCAAAAUGGCUUCAAGCCCCAUGCACAGCAGACGGAUGUGGUGGCGGAUGGCGACGAGACUGAAGAAGAGCCUGAGACUAGCACUGUCUCCGAUAAGCUCACACGAUGCAAGUUCAACGGUGAGACUUGCGGUGAAAACAACGAUAAUGAGAACCCCCGAAAGGUGGUGUCCCAUAUCUUUGGGCGAAACAAGAUCUGCACAGUGUUCAUCCCAGACGAGUGUUGGGUCUGGUGGUGCCGCAAGCACUAUCAGCGGUGCCGCUACCACACUGACAAUUGGGCGCUGAAGCAGAUUGAAAUCCUAUACGAGAACCUCGACAAGAUCGAGGGCUGGGGUGGUGUUGAGAGCUUCACCCUGGCUCUGCGUAAGCGUGAAACUGACCGCAACGUGGACCUCUCUACGGACAAGGUGCCCGCCUCUCGCCGCCGUGCUGCUGGACGGGCUUCUUCCUCUGCCACCAGGACCAGGACAAUCAGUAACAACAACACCACCACCACCACCACCACUGCCGCCGCCGCCAUUGGCACAGUAGCACCAGGUGGCGGCGUGGCCCCCGUCAGACUGAGCGCUUCUGGCCGUCCCAUCCGUUCCCCCGUCAAUAUCGCGUCACCCGUGCCCCGGUUCCUGCAGGAGCACGUCGGCCAGAAGAAGAGCUUCAGCCAGGUGCGCGAAAUACUGCACGAAAUCAAGCUGUACGUGCGCCAUGAAUUCUUCGAGAACAACAAGGAGGUUUCAUUCCCGGACGUGGAGAUCCUGCCCAACUACACCCAGGCCAUCCUGCGCGAGAAGGGCGUCCCAGGCGGCCAGCUGUCGGACAACAACCACUCGCGUCGGCGUCGUGCUCGCAAGCCUGUCUCGAGUACUCGUGGCCGCGCUCAUCCGUAUGCGUCCAAUGCCAACUUUUGA